AUGCCAAACACGAAAUCAAAGCUUUCAUUGGCUAUAUUACAGGCCGAUAGCUUGGAACAGGAGCUUCAACACCAGCAGCAAAAAAGCCACAGUCGUAACAAUUCGAAUCUGCUGGGCUUCAUCAAUACCAAUUAUGAAGCUGGCGCAAAACAGCGACACCAUUUCCGCGCAAAGAGUGGGAACUCAGUCCAAGCUAUACAUUCGCAACUCAAUAGCAAUAACAGCAACAACAACAAUCACAACAGCAGCAGCAGCAGCAGCGUCAGCAACGGCACGUCGAAUGAAAAUAAUAUGAAUGGAAGCAAUGCCAGUGGUUUAUCUGGCAUGUUCAAUAAGCAGCGAAACGCCAGAAAAUCAAGCCAUGCUGCUAAUGCAAGUGCUUUAUCCACGUCUACACCAACGAUUUCAUCAAUCCCGCUGCAUAACAAUAACCACAACCAUAGCCACAACCACCACCACCAUAACCAUAACCAAAAUGGGCUCAGUGGUACUGGUAGCAGCAAGAGUAAUAAUAUGGAUAUAAAGACAACGGAUGCCAAAGGGUUUGCUAGGAGCCAGAAUGGAGCGGGAUUCAAACCCAUUCCGAGCCCUUCUUUAUUGCCGAAUUUAAUCCAGCAUAGCUCACCAUAUGUCUCCACCACGCCAUCAUCUGCAAAGCAUUUUAAACCUGAAUUGUCGCCAUUGAAAACUGCAUUUGACGAAGAGAAAAGGCAUUCGAUUAUAGAUAGAGCAGAAGACGAAGAAGAAAAAGAAGACGAAGAAGAAGGAAAAGAAAAAGAAAAAGAUGAUGAUGGUCAUGGUAGUGGGUGGUAUGUUGAAGGCGACGAUUACAGCAACGAUAAUAGCUUUGACGAGUAUGAGCCGGAAAUCGAAUUGAAAACAAAGGGUCCCAAUUACCAUCUACAUCAUCAUUACCAUCAGGAAAAAGAGCAAGAAGAAAAAAGGAAAAAGCAAAAACUACGUGGCGAGCAUUUAUUAGAGAAAAUUAAGCGGGUAGAGACCGCCGCUGCAGCCAAGGCCGAGGCUGCCGAGAAUGAAGCAGCUGUAGCAGACGACAACAACAACAACAACAACAACAACAACGAAAGAAAAGAAGAAGAGGAAGAUAAAUCUGCAAAUGAGGAAGAAUCUGAAGACGACGAUGAGGAACCCGUUAACCCAGCAGAUGAGGAGGACUUGAAAGAUUACGUUCCAGGAGGUUACCAUCCGUGCUUUAUUGGAGAAGAAUAUAAAGAUGGCAAAUACACGCUUGUACGCAAACUAGGCUGGGGCCAUUUUUCAACCGUUUGGUUAGCGAGAGAUAACGAUAAGCAAUGCCACGUUGCGGUGAAAGUUGUCAGGUCAGCUAAGCAUUAUACAGAAACCGCAGUCGACGAGAUCAAAUUGUUGGAUAAAGUCACCACUUCUGACGUAAACCAUCCUGGCCAUCAGCAUGUCAUUCAGUUGUUGGACACGUUUACACACAAGGGCCCCAACGGUGUCCACGUGGUUAUGGUGUUUGAAGUUCUCGGAGAAAACCUUUUGGGGUUGAUUAGGAGAUACAAGCACCGGGGCAUACCUGUGGUUUUUGUCAAGCAAAUCGCCAAGCAAUUGCUCUCUGCGUUAGACUUUCUCCACAGAAGCUGCGGCGUCAUCCACACCGAUUUGAAACCGGAGAAUAUCUUGAUCGAGAUUGGUGAUGUUGAGCAAAUUGUACGCAUGGUUGAGCAGGAAAACUUGCAACGCAAGUUGCUGCGGAAGUUGCUGAAGAUUUCCAAAAUUUCCACCCCGAGCAGCUCGUAUACGCCUACUUCGAAGGACGGCAAGGGAUCUUCGGAAAAAAUGAGCAGCACCACCUUCACUUCGCCUUCAAGUCAGUUUUUUUCGCCAUCAUUGGGCAGGAGUGGCAGAAGAUCAAGAAGGCAAACCCUAAUUACCGGAUCGCAACCAUUGCCCUCGCCAUUGAGAACAUUCAACAAGUCCUUUACUAGUAUAUAUGGAUUGUCCACCACCACCGCCAAUACACCAAUUAAUAGCAUGUCCAUCAACAACAACAUGAACAAUAGCGCUUCACCGGCAAUUGCCUUGGAGUCCACAGCUGAGCACCGCAAUGAAGAUCUCGACGUUGACGAGAACACAUUGAACAAUUCUUUAUCGUCGAUGUCAAUGACAAACUCCAACAGCUACCAAGCUGUCAAUGUCGACCCGGUUGCAAUUCCAAACGACUCUAAUUAUAGGUUGGACGAGUCCUCAACCGUGGGCGAUUUGAUCAACGAAGACGAGCUCAUCUCGGUGAAGAUUGCCGAUUUGGGCAAUGCAUGUUGGACGGAUCAUCAUUUCACGGAUGAGAUCCAGACUCGCCAAUACCGCUCCCCAGAAGUAUUACUCGGCUACCACUGGGGCUGUUCCAGUGACUUGUGGUCCUUUGCAGCGCUCAUCUUUGAGCUUCUCACUGGCGACUACUUGUUUGAUCCGAGAGACGGCAAGAGCUACGGCAAGGACGAUGACCACAUUGCGCAGAUUAUUGAACUCAUUGGCGGCUUCCCGCGUAUGAUGUUGAAAGAAUCCAUCUAUGCUCGCGAUUUCUUCACUUCAAGACACGAAUUGAGAAGAAUCGCGAAAUUGAAGCCGUGGGGGUUGAAAGACGUCCUUUCUGAAAAGUACAAAUUUUCCAUCCUGGACUCGAUUGAAAUUGCAGAUUUCUUGUUGCCAAUGUUGACUUUGAGACCCGAAGAAAGAGCCGACGCAGGUGGUAUGCUCAACCAUCCUUGGCUCAGAGACGCAUUGGGUUUGGAGAAUGUCGUUUUGGAACGACCAGUUGGAGGCUCAGGGGAAGAUAUACCAGGGUGGUCCAAAGAGUUGACUGCCGCGUCUACUUACACCCACUCCACUUCCAGCAGCUCCGGCAAAGGCACACCACACUACUUUCAUUAA